ACUCUUCUUUCCCCUCCCUCAUCCUCCGCUGCCGCUCCCGUCUGCGCGGUGCCGCAGAGGGGUCUCCGGAUGCUUCUCCCUGGUCCUCCUCAUUUUCCUGGGCAAGAGGCUUUCCCUCCAAAGCUUCAUGCAGGAGGCUUCAUGUUGGCAUCCAGGGUACAUGUCCCAAAUAUGUCCAGCCUCACUUUCUGAUCCUAGUGGCAAGGAGCCACAGACAGAUGACAGUAGCUAUCCUCCUUCCAUUCUGAGGAAAAGGCCACCUGUGGACCAAGCUGUGGGGGAAAAGCGGAGAGCAGAGAGAAGGGUUCGAUUUCGUGAGCCAGAAGAAGUCAUUGAACAUGUCAUUUCCUGCUGUGACUACGUUGUGGCAGAUGACAGGACAUCAUCUGGAUUGCCUGUGCUCCUGUGGCUCUCGUUUUGUGCAGUGCUGAUUCUUGCUGUGAGCCUCUACUACACCAGCAUGAAGCAGGAUGUCAAAGUCCUGGAGGAAUUUCAAUCCCGACUUGUCAUCUUCUUCCUUCAUAUAAGACACGUUGCUCAGAGGUGCUGGACUUGGUUUAUGAGGCAGUAGCAGCGUCCUUCAGCCUGACACUGCUAAGAAACUUCAGUGCAAAGCUCCCAGCACACAGCAGCCACAUGCAAGGAACACAUGAGCAUCCACCCCAAAGAGCAAGAAAAUCACCCUGCUGUGCACCAUCUGGCAAACACUUGUUCUCCUUUUUCCUUCUUUGUUGUUUGGGGUUUUCUUUCACAUCAGUGAACAUUCAAACUAAUGCCUCCUCAAGUCUCCUAAGAAUUAUUUUGCAAAAGUUAAAAUAAAGCUGAGCUGUUGCAGACACUGCUCUGGUGGUCAAAGGCUUGGCAAGCUGCUAUAUUUAUAUACCUGAAAUGAUUAUUAGUAAAAUCCCAGCUAACAGCUUUCUUGUUUCCCUUCAUGCUUUGUUUUUCCUCCAUGAGCAAAAGCUGGUUCUUAAUGCUUCACUUGACUCCCAGCUGUGAAAAAGAACACGGAAACUCAUUUAAAGAGAAAAUAGUUUAUUUGCCUAACAUAACAAAUAGCAGCACUGGAACCCAGGUUAAUCAUCAAAUCAGUAGUUUAAUCCUCUGGGUUUGAUUCUGUCCAUCAACCCCACAGGCUGACACACAAGAUUUAUGACAGUGCUUGUAUUCAGACAGAGGUUAUGCCUUCGUGUUCAAGGCCCUAUAUCAUGGCAACAUGGAUUGCUUAUGAAGGUGUUGGAUGCAUAGUUCCUUUAUCACUCCAUUGUCCCACCAUACUAUGAAUUUCUCUGAAAGAAAUCCUUUCAAUGGAGAUCAUGUGAAAUGGUGCUCUUGGGUAUCUGAGAGGAGAACAAAUGACUGCAAGUUCGUGAGCUUCAAAGAACCGACACAACCAGAUUUUUAGACCUUAGAUUCUGCUCAGGUAGCACCUGAUAUGUGCUUUGGUUAUUUUUUAUGGUAAGAUUGACAUCAGAACCUCUAAGAGCUGAAGUAAAAGGGAAAAAUAGGGGGGAAAAAAACCACUCCAAAGAUGAUGUCUGCAAGACCUUGGCCUAUAUUCCCCUUGCCACUGCAACAAUCAAAAAGAAAAUAUGGUGCUUUAUUUUUAGUUAUUUUUUCAAAAGAGGGCCAUACAUCUGCCCUUCUCCCAAGGAGCCCAAGAACUUUUACCAGGAGAGGAUAAACAGAAACACCACAGACAGCCUUUUCUUAGGAGAAGAGGGGUCAGCAGCUUGACUGAGAACAAGGCAGAAAAAUUGCAGCCCAAAACAGAAAGUGCCUUCAGUGGCUCAUGCCCCUCUUAGGCUGUCAAAGCCGCAGGGGUGGCACGGGGCAGGAGCUGCGUGGGGAGCAGAGGUUGCUCAGGGCUGGGAAGCAGAGGGUGCUGCAGGAGCUGUGUUUGGCACAGGGGCUGUGUGCAGAUCACUCAGGUACCCCAGCUCAGAGGGUAAGUCCCACCACUGCUUGCCUCCCCUCUCCACUGUCUCAGCCCUGCUGUUUAGGUAAUAAAGAAGAAAGGUUUUAAACAUGUGUGCUGGUGAAUCUCUGGGGAAAACAUUUAGAUUGGUACAUGGAGCUAGGGGGUCAUUUCGACUUCUGUUUGCAUUUUUUAAUGUUAGUGGAGUUUUUAAUGUCCAGGUUGAACUCUGGCAAAUCAGUGGUGUUUCUUUUUGGCUCUGGGCUGACUCCUCUUAGGACUGUGAGGGAAAAUGUGGAGGUGGUGUGAAGACCAUAUGUGUGCUCACCUUCCUGCACAGCUCCCCAGGAGAUGGAUAGAGGACCACCUUUCCACUGAGCCUGCUUCAAAUGGAAAAUGUCCACGUUCCUUUUCUUGGACCCAAUUUAUUAGUGUGAGAACUGCUAUCACAUCUGGGCUGUCAGGGAUAUUUAGCAGAGGAACAGCUAUUUUUGGCUUUUGUGUUGGCUCUGUUUGGGACUGUUUUGGGCAUGGGAAAAGGCAGCACUUUAGUUAUCUUGAGAUCACUGUUGAGGUCUCACCAUGGCUUUACAAGGUCUCCCAGGUCAGGAUUGUUUACAGUGGUCAGUCAGAUACUUGGCAGGCAGCAGAAAGACAAAUUAAAUUUGCCUCAAAGCCAGAAGGUUUGAAAUAAAUAAAAGUUAAAACUGGCAGAGCAGUGGCAUCUUGUAGGUGAAGGAGCUGAAGCUAAGAAAGCCAUUGCAUGUGGGAGUGAAUAAUGUAGGUCAAUAACAUGACUGGGAAUAGGAGAAAAAUUUCCAUCUCCUGGGCUUACAAUUUUUUACUGCUGCACAACUUCACUGUGGACUUACCUCUUUUAUUUCCUUCUCACACUGAAGAUCCUUUUCCAUUCAUCCAACCUUAAACACAAGCAAGCCCUUUUCCCUCUCUGCCCCUUCAUUCUUCAGCUAUCAUAGCUUUAUCUUCACCACUGUGAGCUGGAUGUGAUUUCUCCUUAUUCUUGUUGAGUAAUGUUUUUUCUGGGUGUGACACCUGUAUGAGUCUGGAUCUCUAAAGUUACAUAAAAUCUUCUGUGUUGGGUAAUAAUCCCCUUGCUGGUCAUGUUGGGUAAUAUUUGCCUUCAGUACAACUCCUGAGAAUUUCUCAAUAGAGGUAAAAAGGAGAAAGAGUACAUAAUUUAUUGCAAACAGUGGAGAUGCUCACCUGAAUUCACACUGGAGCCAGCUUGGUGACUUGUUUCAGAAGUCAAAAGUCCUGCAGCCAACCAUCUCUGGGCAAUUGUACAAUGAAGCUUGGAAAUAGCUGUGUUUUAGAUAUAAAGGACUGGAAGAGGGAGUGAUGUAGGACAGGACCCUUGGUGCAGUUUUUGAAGCAGCCAGUGGGUAGGAGGCAUUCCCAGGAGCAGUGUCUGGGGUGGCAGGAGACAAAGGGUCAGGGGAGAGUAGCAGGUCUGUGCAUGACAAUGGACUAAUAGCUAAGGGUGGAAGCGCUGCUUAAAUUCCCUUAUGCACUGAGUAUGUAACUAACACACAACAGAAAUAAGCAGACCACAAAAGAAGGGUAAGUGUUGUUUUGACAGUGUUCAGCACAUUCCUGCAGUGUGAACUGCUGGAGGGCAGCUGCCAACACCCUCUUCAGGCACAUCAGCAGCACCUGAUUGCAGCAGCAGGCAAAUCCAUACCCAUAUGAUUAGAGGAGAUAGAAAAAGACACAGAGAGAUGACACUGGAUGGUUUUGCAUUAACCUUUUGAUGCACUCAGCAUUAGCACCAGUAAAAGGCAGUCCCAAAGCCUGCCUUGGGUCCCCCUCCUUCCCUUCAUCUCUCCAACCCUGAUAGUCUGGAAAUGAGCCCAUAGCAGCAAUUGUAAUUGUCAUUUCUGCCUUUUGCCACUCAGAAGCAAGCAGAAGAACUGGCAGCUUGUGACUAUAAAAGGGGUGUUACCAGCUGCCCUCAAGGACCAACUCAGGAACCUAUAAGAUAAUAAAUAGUGUGGACUAGUUUCUUAUUAAUUCCUUGCUCCAAGAUAGCUGUUGGGAACCUUUAAGCCCACCUCUGAAGAGAAAGACUGAUGCUACAUGACAAAAAUCAACCAGCUGGCAUUUAGAAAAUUAGCCUGUCCGUGCAGCCUGUGGUGUCCCCUUACAUUUGGUAACAAACUGCCUUUUAGCUGCAUUUUGACACAGGACCAUUUUCUCCUUGUCUCCAAUGGCAUUAGGCUGAGCUGCUGGAAGAAGAUACCAAAAGGGGAUCAGGCAGCUGAGGAUGGUUGAUGUUAACUAUACAAGUUGUGGCAUGGAGAGGCUGGGGAAUGAGUACAAAGACUCUACCACUGACUCUGAGAACACUUUUUCUAUCUUACAUUGUAACAAUUUAAACUCACCUUCAAAGAACAGACACAGAAAUAUGGACUUUUCAAAUAAUUUAUUUUUAUAUUUCACCAAAUCAUAAAAAGCCGAUGCACUGUUCAGCAAAAAGCAUCAAUAUAUAAAACACAGUAACUCAUUAUCAGUAAUGCUGGAGUGUACCACGUACACUGAACCCAGCCCAGCUCCUACUAAAGCCAGAGGAAACUCAGUGACUCCACUAGCAGAAGGAUUGGACUCAGCAUUUUUUCUUUGCUGGGUGUUUUACAAAGGGUUGUAUUAAAAUGCUAGUAAAAAGCUUCCCUUUUGAGACUGUAUCAAAACAAUAAUAAACCUCAUUCUCUUUCUGGUUUUGUCAAACACAUGCAAUUAAAGCUCAAAAUUAGCAGUCAUUACACUGCAAAAGACCAUACAAAUCAACAGAGAUAAUAUUCAAAAGAGGCCAGGCUCUACCCUUGUGUGGACUGGUGUGGUUGCUCACAGGAUAAUCUAUGUACACUGGUGAGGGAUCUGCUCCUUCACUGCUUUCAGUGGUUAAACAAAUUAUGAAAAAAUGUUCAGUUUCCUCCCCAAAUACUCAUUGCAGGAACCUUUUCAGCAGCAUUAAAUAAAUAAAUAAAUAAAUAAAUAAAUUUUAAAUAGUAAUAAUAAUAAAUAAAUAAAUGAGCAGGUAAUCUAGGCUCUUAUAAAGCUUUUCCCAGGUGGGUAUAACAGACAGUAGUUCAUGAAUACAUACAUCAGAGGCCACAUAUUUCAGAGAGGCUGAAAGGCUCUACGCUGACUUAAUCUGCCACACAAAACCACUAAACCUUUCAAAACUAUGGGUGUCAACAAUCUACAUUCACAAAUGCCAAGUCUACAGAGAUUUGGGAACAGUCUUUCCUUGCCCAUGCAAGUCACAAGCUGCACAGGAGGAAGGGCCAGUGUAGGAUAUCUGGAUCUCCAAGAUCCAGAUCUUGCUUUCCUCCAAGUCUGGUGGCAGUCUCUUUAAACCUGCAGAGCUGGCACAGGUGGCUCUCUCCAGAAGCUGACUUUAUGUCAGUACAUGCUUCAAGAGGAUGCUCUGCAGUUUGUGAGGCCACAGGAGCAGGCAGGGGCUGGGCAGGCCAAGCAAAGGCUGAAACUGGUGUCAAUACCACUCCCUCAUAUCACAGCCCAAAAGCUGAAAUCCCUCACAGGAAAUGCACUAACUCCUCAUUACCUGUUUUUGUUCAGAUUGAUGCCACUGUCCUGCUGUCCUUGUCUCUGCUAGGAUGAGAUGGGAGAAGUAAGGCCCAAUUAUUUUGAUAACAAUAAAACCGUCCCUGAGGUUUGCAGAAACAUUUUUGCUGAUGAAAAGAUCCAGGGGGAAGGAAUUUCAUUGGAACUGUUGAGAUUUUUUUGUUAUUGUUUUUUUGGUUUUUGUUUUGUUUUGUUUUUAAAUGUUCAAAAACCCCUUGUGAGUGCACGUCAGAUCUCAAUAUAUUGAUUUGUCAGCUGUAUAGCUUGGGCUGUUUUAAUCAGAGAGUGUUUGACCAGAAUUGCUCUGACACCAUCAGCCUGCACUGGCUGUGGACCCCAUGCAGUGGUGCCCUCACAGAGGGAUGCUGUUCAGCUCAGACCAUCUCAGCAUCCCUGAGCAAAGGGACUGCCUGCUGCUCUCAAAGACUGUGAUUUGAUAAGGAGCUUGCCAGCACCUUAUGAAAUCAGAUGCUGAACCCUGUUUCAACAACCACAGUUAAAAAUGUUGCAGCAGCCUAGAAAGUGGAAUGGAUUUACUGAGGCAAUCCCAUGUGUCCCAGAAAGAUGUGCUGUGUUUCAGACACAAACUGUUGGACUUCAGUGUUAAUAGGGAAAAAUAAUUCUCUCUGCUGCAGGAGAGAUGUGGUGAGGAGUUCUGGGCUGUGUAAUGUGGGAUACCAUGACAGUUUUCAAACAUUCCCCUGCUUUAAAAUCUAUGGUUUAACAAAGCACUCAUCUAACUCCACCAGGUUCCUGGAGAGACUGCUGGCACCAGCCUUGGAAACCUCCCAAAGCAACACAUCACCCAAACCAGGCCUGGCUUAUGUAAAGGGAAGGGUUCAGUGUCACAAUCCAGAGAGGCUGAAUGAGAACAGGGAAAAUCCUCAACUUCUUUUCUUAUUUUUUGACAAAAUAUGCCAUAGAGACUGCAAUUUUUCUCACAUUCAUAAAUAACUCUCCAGAGUCUGCAUACACAGUGAAGUCAGAUUUUCCCAAAUCUGGGGGGAAACAAGGGGUAAAUAAGGAGGAUAUGAAGAGCAGUUUAGUCUCAGGAUGGUUUACUCACUUCUGUGAGAAAUCAUCCAAAAUACCAACAGUACUUACAAAUCAUCAUUCUUACCUCCUGGCUGGUUUUCUCAACCCUCACUUUACAACACAGUUGAGUAGAGGGGGAACAAAACCUUCUCACAUUUGGAUUCCACCAUAUACAAAUAAUUCUGGCUAUUUCAGUGAGCAGCUCCUGCUUCCAAGUAGUUUAUCUCCUUGAUAAACACCAGAACCACCACACUAAAUCAUUGUUAUUUAGGAAUUCCAAGCCAAGCAGAAGAGCUCCAGCAGGAGGAUUUGAGAGAGUUCAAGGAUAACCUUUCAUGUCUAACAAAUUGCAGUUGUUGGCUUUUUAUUUUGGUGAGAAAAAAUAAAUUAAAAAAAUCCCAAACCAAAAUGAAAUCAUUAUUUGACCAAUGCAAAGGGCUAUUCACACAGCACUUCUCGGGUACUUAUGCCCACUUUUUAGCAAUGAGGAUUUUACAGGAAGCUAAUAAGCAUUAAAUCCUAAAUCCUUUAGCUGUCUAUAGAAAUGGGAUUUAGAUUCUCACGUGGAUUCAGGUUUUUUUCUCUACUGUGUGUAGUAACAGUUCAAGCAGUUAUAGCAGCUAUGAGAGGUAGAGAAUUUCAAGCACUCAGGUGAAUACAUUCCUAUUAAUCUGUGCUUGCAAUAGCAGUUCAAUUACACUCUUUGGCAGGAACAAAAAAAAAA